AUGAAACCAAAGCGAUCAAAAAGGAAGCCGACUAUUGCAAAAGCAGACUGUGGCAGGAAAGUGAGCAAGAAUGAUCACGAGGUUGCUGAGGAAAAUAACCAUGUGGACCACAAGAUUCUUUUUCAUCCUGCACUUAAGUUGCAACAGAUCGUUGAGCGAGGAUGCUCACCGGCAAUGGUAGAUCUCCAAGCAACGUUUUCAAAUGCUUCUGACUGGCUUCACACACAAAAAGCUGCGCUGAAGGAACUCAUCAAAGAAUCGAACGGAAGUAAAGCAGUGCCGAGAACGCCACGUCGUGGCCAGACAUUCAGAGAGCUCCGAGAAACUGUUGAGAGUUACGGCCGAAGCAUUUUAACAUUCGACGAUGAUGACAAUGAAGUGAUAGAACAUAGAGGAGAGGGAGAUACAGCACCAGCAAAUUCAAAUGCGCAAGCUGAUGAACUUAUUUGUUCAUCUGUUAUGGUUGUAAAUGAAAAAUGUCUCGCUGAACAAACGGAAACGCCCGCUGAAGUGGGCCCGACAUCGACGGGGCGGGGAAAUGCAGUGGUGGCUGAGCCCGAAAGUUCGUAUGAGGAUGCUGUGUGUUCCAUUAAUAGAGAGGAAGCUUACGGUACCGAGAGAGUAGACGAACUACAAAAUGAGGAACCUCAACCUGCAGAUGAUCGCUUGGAAACAUCGGAAAUAUAUACCUCUGCAACGGAAGUGCCUUCCCUUGGUCUACCUACAUCUACCUUGAAGGUUGAGGUCCAAACCCCUGAAGUUCACAUAUCUUCGAUUCCUGCGUCUUCCCAGUCGAAUGCCGUUGGUACUUUCACUACGAACCUUCUCGUGAAACAGGAAAUUCUUUCUGCCCAACGAACGCAGCCAAGUCUUGACACUCCUUGUACGACGUCAACAGAGACGUGCGAGAGGGUGACGAGGUCAGUUACCAGGGCAAAUGCAGCAAUGAACGCCGUACCAGUUUCGAGCACUAGAGCACGGAUUAUGGCAGCUGUUAAACAUCGGAAACAAACUCCUGUUUCUUCAGCUCGACGUGCUGGCCAGGAGGACCCUGAUUCUGCCGCUGAAAGCGCAUCGCCAUCCCGUGCUCUACGACCUGUACAUCAGCAUAUAGUCACAACACCAUGCAAACGAGAAUACAAGUCUGCUGUGCAGCGAGUUAUGGAUACCCAGGCCAUUGCACGGAACUUAUCUCCGAGACGUCCGAUGGCUCACACACCGGUACGGCCUACGAGGUCGGCCCACACUCAGGCGGCGACUGUGGUGACGAACAUUCUUACGGCGAAAAGGAGCAAAGCUGAAGCUUUACGCCGGGAAAAAGAAGAGCUUGCUGCGCAAUUGCGGGAGGAGCAGUGUAAGGAAAGAGCUGAGCGAAUCCGUAAAGAACGCGAGGAGAAAGCGUUAAGAGCUCAACGACGAAGAGAACAAAAGGAAGCUGAAGAAAAGCAAAAGGCGGAAGCGCGGAAGCGAAAGGAAGAAUUGGAUGAGCGUAGGAGGGAGGAACUUCGAAUCCAGAAAAGCCCAUCGCGAAGCAAAGCACCAUCUCGUGUGGUUAGUCCCGCAAGAGCGCCUAAAAAAGCCGCAGAUAAUGAGGUUCGCCCUGCGGCUAAGAUGCUGUUCCCAACCACUCCUGGACGUGCUCCCUCGAAAGUGGCGAAAGUAAUGGCUACAGGCGGUGAAACUUCGAGAGAGCCUACCAUGAAUACCCCUACUCGCGAGGCACGACGGAAGCCCCGCUCGGCAAAGAAAGGUCCCAGAGGCGACGACACCACUGAUGAUGAAUCGAUAUCCCCUCAAGGUAUGCUAAAAAGGCACGAAAUUGCAAGAGAAGAGCGCCAGAGAAUAAUGAGGGAAGAGCAUGAGCGUCAAGAGAGAUUACGAGAAGAGGAAAAGCGUCGCCAACGAUUGGAUAGUGAGUUGAGGCAACGUCAGCUAACUUCAAGUGCUUAUGUGAAAAUGGAAGUAGAUGAAGUGCAAGACCAUGAGGAGGAACAACGAGCCGCUUCUGAAGAGCGAGAAAGGCAGCGUUUACUGCAGGAAGAAAAACAACGUGAAAAGCGGUUAAUGGAAGAGAAAAUGGAGCGCGAAAGGUUGAGAAUCAAGCAGGAACUAAGGGAACGCGAAGAACGAGAAGCUUUCGAAAGAGAGCAGGAAUUAGAAAGGCAGAGAUUACUAGAAAUGCAACAAAAGGAGGCCGAAAGAUUGAGAGAAGAGCAAGCCAAAAGGGUUGCAGAAGAAGAGAAAAGGCUUUUGGAAGCUGCUGAAGAAGAAGAACGGUUGAGAAGGCUGCGCGAAGAGGAAGAAGAAGCCAUGAAACGUCUCAAUAUAAGUUGCUCGGCAGAACUUCACAAUCGCCAUUUAGAGAACGUCAGCUUGAAUACACCCGCUCAGCUGUCAACUUCUCGACGUCACUCCUCAUAUGAGCUUACUCCCGAUAAAGUGUUCAAACCAUCCAGCGAGAACAACUACAAUAUCGAGGAUCUAUCUAGUGGUGACGAAACGGACCAAGAGGACGCUCCACGAAAGAAAGUUCCAGCUUGGGCUGAGGGUGCACUUCUUCGGAAGGCGCUUGCUGAGCAAGCAGAGAUUCUGAGAUCCGGAAAAUUUGAUCCCGAUGAUUUCUUUGGUGAAAUUUUUCCUCCGGAUCUGUCCAAGAUCUUUGGAACAUCGAAAAGAUACCCGCGGCGAGGUUCCUCUGGAAUAUGGGACUCACCGAUCAGUAAACCUCGUCAAGGUGUUGGAGCAUACCAGAAGAAAUUCUAUCCGAAAAGCUAG